AUGGUGAAGCUGAACAAGCCGGGGGUCAGCAGGACCAACUCCACGAAGAGCCUGGCCGCCGCUGCUGGCGACGGUGAGGACGAGACGCCCUCGGCACGCCAGUUCCUGAUGAGCACGGCCCGGAGAUCGCUUGAUGAAGCUUUCACAGGGGGCAAGCCCAGCGACUCGGAGAAGAAGAGUGGGGUGAAAGAAAAGAAAAAAAAGAAGGAGAAGAAGGACAAGAGCAAGAAGAAGAAAAAAAAGGGUGCCAGCAGCAGCAGCUCGAAGUCCAGCGGCGACGAGGAUUCCAGCUCCUGCCUGGAGUCCGAGGACGUUGACGACUCCGCGGCUUUGUUCGGGUUGUCAAGGAAGGAGCUGCAGAAAAGCGACGAGGUCUGCAAGCUUGACGACUUUCCGAGCAAGCAGCUGGGCUUCGUGUUGUCACAUGUGACCGAGAUGUUGGCUGCAACAGAAGUGUAUGAAUGCGGGGGGGAACUGGAAACCCUGCUGGCCAACCGCGAGAAGAGGGCCCAGAAGCAACGCCAGAAGGAAGAGAAGGAGCAGUAUGCUUUCGAGGGUCGCACGGCAUCGACACUCUGGGCGAAAAGGAUGAGCGACCUCGUCGUCGCUCUUACGGGGCGAGCUCCCUCCGCCAUCUCCGUUGGCAACGCCAAAAGCCUGAGCGAUUGCUCAGCAGUGCUGCGACUUCUUUACCGCAAGGCUUUGAGGCGGAGCGACGAGGGAAAAUCCGCGAUGCAGAAGAAGGUGGCAGCGAUCCUGAGCAAGCACCGUGAGGCGGCCACGCAGGACCUCAAGCAGCAGAUCAGCCGGCAGAGCUCGGGCAGCGGCAUCGCGGCGCCGAAGGCGAAGAAGCUGCCUCCGCCAAAGCCACCCAAGAGAAAGGGCGAGACCGACGACAGCCGUGUUGGGAAGCCGAAGCUUACGACGACAGAGCCGAGGUCCAAUCUCCGGGCGAUCCGCGACAAAGAGCCGGAGCAGCACGAGGAGAAGGAGGAGCCAGAAGUUCCGGGAGAAGGAGAGGAUGUCAAGACGGGCAAGGAUGAUGAUGAGUUCCUGGGCGAGGACGAUGUGCCGAGCCCCCCGGAGGAGCUGGACAGCGACGACAACGACGAGGUGGCCAACUCAGAGGGGCAGCAGGAGAGCGGCGACGACGAUGAUAUCUUCACGGGCGACUUUGCUUUGGAGAAGGCAAGCAAGGCAGAGCAUCAGAAGGCAAAGGCCAUCCCCGCAAAGGCCCAGAUGUACCUGGACAAGCUGGACAAAGACCUCGCCUCCUGCAUCCCCAAAGACCUCUCCGAGUCAGACUUGGGGAACUGGGUGCGGCUUCUGUUCUCCGAAGGCAUGCUACGUCUGGAGGAUGUAAAGCUUAUUGCGAACCUGCCAGGAUGUACGAUGUCGGGCAGCCUCGGUCCGGGCAAAGCUUUCUACAACAAGCUCUCCAUCAAAGCCAAAACGGAGUUGGACCCAUGGGCCCAGCGGAUUGCAAGUGGGGAGGCCUUCGCGACCCCAAGCCGGCGACCAACAGGAGCUCCGCUGACGUCAGGCUGA